UUUGGGCUCGGCUGUUUUUAAAAAGGCAGGGCAGCUCUCAAGCUGAUCAGUCUGUUCAGGAAACUUGUGCUGGAGAAAGUACUGGAGUCAUUUGAAGGUGGGGGAGAAGUUGAGAUUUUGCGCAAAGAAUUGCCUCGCUCCUGCAGAAGACAAGAAAGCUUUUGGAGGGGGAGGAAAAAAGAUCCCAUUUGAAAGUGCUCACUGAACUGCUGUUGCACAGUGCACGACAAGCCUGCAAUGAAUGAUUUUGAAAUAGUAACAUUUGGAUAAAGACUCUUGGCUUUAGCUUUAAAAAUCGGAUUAUCUGACUGAGACGUUGUGUUGAUUAGAGCAGCAUUUCACCCUCCCAUCUCCGCCGCGUUUCAGCUUUCUGUUAGAACUGAAGAGCGCACCAACAAUGCUGCUGAGUUUUUGCCUCUUGGUGACAUUUAUCUUGGGCUUGUCCGGCUGUUUGGGCUCCUACGUGCCGUGCGAGCCUUGUGACCAAAAGGCGCUGUCCAUGUGCCCUCCGGUCCCGGUCGGGUGCCAGCUGGUUAAAGAGCCGGGCUGCGGCUGCUGCCUAACGUGCGCGCUGGCUGAGGGACACGCGUGCGGCGUUUACACCGGGACGUGCACCCAGGGCCUCCGCUGCCUGCCGAGGAGCGGGGAGGAGAAACCCCUGCAUGCCCUUCUCCACGGCAGAGGAGUGUGCACCAACGAGAAGGGAUACAAGCCAGCACAUCCGCCCGUAGAUCGCGACUCUCCUGAACAUGAGGACCCCAUGACCCCAGAGAUUACAGAGGACCUGCAGCCAGCAAAAGUGCCACGUCUUCCCAAAGAUAUUGUGAACAGUAAAAAAGUGCAGGCACUGCAAAAGGAGAAAAAGAGGAAUCUGGGUAAGCAGCGCUCCAUAGGCUCUACUUUGGACUACUCCCCUCUACCCAUCGACAAGCAUGAGCCUGAAUUUGGACCUUGCAGAAGAAAAUUGGACGGGAUCAUUCAGGGAAUGAAGGACACGUCCCGGGUAAUGGCCCUGUCUUUGUACCUUCCUAACUGUGAUAGAAAAGGAUUCUUCAAGCGCAAGCAGUGCAAACCCUCUCGUGGUCGCAAACGGGGGAUCUGCUGGUGUGUGGACAAAUACGGCAUUCAACUCCCGGGCACAGAUUACAGCGGAGGGGACAUUCAGUGUAAGGACCUGGAGAGCAGCAGCAACAACAAUAACGAAUAAAAUGCAGAGGAACUGGGUACUGCCCUCAGCUCCAAACCCCUCGACUCCCCCAACCUCCCCCCCAUCCAUCACAUGACCCAGGGCCCGCAUCUCCUCUCUACAUCACACUUGUAUGUUCCACCACCUAGUCUCUCCAACAUGUUGUUUCCAAAUGGAAAUAAGAAUAAAAACAACAUCAACAAAGAAUUCAAGCUAAGGAGCAGGCUGAAAGAGACUUUUGUUUUUGUCUUUUCUGUUAUCGACUAAGCACUCAUUUCCAGAUGAGAGGAAAAUAUCUCCAGUUUAGUUCCCUUGAACUCUAUGGGUCCCUUGAGUGCGCCCCAGCUCUAGAAUGAUGAGAAUAUACUAUGCAUACAAUACAGAUGGGUGAUAAAUGAAAGGAAAACCUACAUAAAUGACACAAUGAUCAAGACACUGCUAUGCUGGUGUACUCAGCUGAAUAUUCAAGAUACCGAAGUGUUUGAUAAGGCUCUCUUCCACUCAUCACAUGAAGAAACAUCUGCUGCAAGGGUGGUUGUCUUCAAUCUUGAAACUUUGAGAAAUAUGUCAAAUCUAGGAGCACUGAAACAGCUCCGGUUAUACCUAACACCUUACUCUUUAUGUCAGUUUUCCCGAAAUUUGACACCCAUCUGUACUGUUAAAGAAUCUGAGGAUUUUCAAGAGCAUUUCAUAAGAUGUACAGUCAGCAUCAAACCAUUCUGAAGAGGACAAAUUGGCCAUAAUGACUUAAAAUCUGAUACCACUAUGGAAUUAACAACUGGUAUUUUGAUUUGUGUGUGUGUGUGUGUGUGUGUGUGUGUGUGUGUGUGUGUGUGUGUGUCUGUGUGUUUGUUAAAAACAGGAAACAAGGAAAACGGGGUAGGAUAUGCUGUAAAAGUUGACUCUAUCUGGGUAUGUGGGUCUGUCAGAGCACUUAUCAUCGGGGAACCUGCUUAAAUAUGUGUAUUGUCACAAAAUGAUGCUUGCCUGAAUGCGUGCUUGUGUCCUGUGUGAACGUGAAGUAUGUGUGAGGCUUGGUGUUGCUGGAUGACAGAAUGAACCUUUUUUCAAAAGAAUGUCCUUUUUGUUUCUCUUUAUUUUUGUUUUGUCACAAUAAGUAUUGCUCGUGAUUGAAGUGGUCUUGGGGUUGGCCUUCUCUAUAAUUGAUGGAAAGUAUUCACACAUUGAGCAGUUGGAAACAAAUCUGAUUGUUACAAAUGAUCCUGCAUAAGUGGCUCUUUGACAGUGUAGCUAGAUAUGCCAACUGUGCCUGUUUGUACAGAAACUGCCAUGCAGAUCCACACAGAGCUUAGAGAGCACUGGUUAUACCGGCCAACUACAGGUAAAGGGGUCUUAUUGUGCAGCAAAGGUUUUAGGCUUAUAGUUUUCAAUUUUCAUGAUGAACAUCAAUGUCACAUGUUUCUGUGACUGCAAGUAAAAAAAAUGCAAGUCUGAAAUGAUUCACUUUAUACUUCUAUAUCAUGCCCUGUCAAUGGGUAAAAAUGGACUUCUGCUUGCGGAGGCUCAUGAAGGACACCUGGUCAGAAGAUGAUGGGUUUUCAUAAUACAUUCAUGACUAAUGUAUCUUGUUCAAUCUGAAAAGAAAACUAAAAAAAAAAAACCCUUGUUAUGAAUGCUGAUGUGCAUCAAGGAUAUGUUCUGGUUCCUUCCAUGUUCAGUACUUAGAUGAACUGGGUGUUGAGUAGGUUUGUAGAGUCCAUCAACUUAGAAGUCAUUGUCAGCAUGGAAAAAUUCAGUCACCUUGACUUGCGGAUGAUGGUGUGAUCUUUGCAAAAUGAAUGGAUGCCCUGAUUGCAGCACUGGAGAAGCUGAGUGAGGAGUCGGAGUGCCUGGGUUUAUGAUUGUUAAUUGAUAAAGUCUAAGAUUCAAGCUUUUAGUGCCUGAGUGCUGGAAGCAGCCGUGAAAACUGUGUUUGUAUGCAAUAAAAGUGUCAACCUAUCCUUUGAUAAUCUCCAUAGUGACAUGCAUGUCUUUGGGUCCUCAACCUUAGAUAUUGAGAGAUGUCUUGGAAGAGCCUAUGGAAUCAUCAACCUGGUAAAUAAAAGAGUUUGGUGAUGCCAGUACCUUUAUAGGAGAAUGUCAGAAACAGUGCACAUCAAGACUGAGCAUGCUCAGUCAUCUCUGUGUCCAUCUUCCCGACUGGGAAUUGAUAAAAAAAAAAUCUUCCUCACUACAGAGGACUUGCCACAACGGGAGAACCAAAGUCCAAGUGUUUAGCGUCCUAGUGCUUUCUGCCUUACUGUAUGGUUGUGAGACCUGAACUUUAACUAGUGACCUAAGACGAUGGCUGUAUAGUACUUGGUCUGUUCAGAUGAUCCUUGGAUACCACUGGGAUGGAUUUGUGUCCAACAAAAAGCUACUUCGGGAGACUCAGAUAAAGUAUACCACUUGCAUUGUGAGGGAAUGUCAGCCAUGAUAUUUUGGCCAUGAGUUGAGCUUUUCUGGGCAUGAUCCAAUGCGCAUGUGCCUUGGUGUUGAGAACACAGCAACUGGAGAAGGCCAGGGGAAAGUCACAUGCCACCUGGCUGUGAAGGAUGAUGACUGCUUUUAGGAUGUAGGUGUGGAACAGUUGUCUGCCUGGUCGGUUGCCAUGCAGGAACGAGAGUGGUUCUGUAGUGUAGUGGUUAUUGUAACAUGCAGCACCAGCGUAUAUUCCCAGACAUGAGCUGGUGUGAUAAUGUAGAUGGAAGAACCAAUACAACGUGUAAGAUUAUGGUUAAAUUACAGUUUGGGUUAGGACUGUGUUAGCUUGCAUAUUAAGCAGAGGCACUUUUGUAUGUUCUUGGCUUGGUUGGAGGUGUACUAGUUACAUGGUUAGGUGAUAUAUUUAUCUCCCUUCGAUGCCAUGUGACAUUCUCCAGCAGAGACAUAACAUUCUGUCGAGUCAUCCUUCAUGAGUCUCCACCACUUGACACACCCAUGGCGCAUAUGGGUGAGAAACGUAAAGACACUACCAGUCCUAAGUUAGAGCAAGCAUGGUGAGGAACAAUGACUUUAAACUUAAAUAGUCACAAACAUAUACAUACAUAUCUCUAUAUUGACAGGCUUUUUUUUUUUUUUUUGCUUCCAAAUUUAAUAUCUGUUCUUCACAAACAUGCUAACCUGUAUUACGUUCCAGAAAAUGUGCAAGAUAUGACCCCUUUUAACUAAUGUGAGGCUGAGUACAGUGUGUAAUCAAAUCCGACAGUCAGGUUCGUUCCUCCUCGGAGAUGUGUGAAGUGUAGUUUUGUAAGGUUUUGUUUUCUUUGCCUUCAGUGAAGUAACGAGCACCCACUUUUGAGCCAUGUUUUUUUAUCAAGUGGUUUCCCUUCAUUACUGCUUCUACAGUGUAACCUUGGUGUAUUAUAUAACUUUUAAGUAGUUAAUGAAUGUUGUUUUUCCUUUCAAAACAAAUAUGACAAUGACUUAAUGGUGCUUGGAAAAAAGUAAGCAAUUUGAGUAGGUCCUUGUAGCCAGUCAGGAAAUGGCCCAGAGUCAUGUGACUACAGAGCGGACAAAGAAGCUAACCCUUUUGCACCCUUCUCUUUGCUAGCCUAUCGUACCAACAAAAUAGUUAUUUAUAUGGAAGAAAUAUUGCACUCGGAAAUGCUAAUUACACCUCUGCUUCACCUUCAGGGGAGCAUGGUCAAAUCUAAAGGGUUACAGGUUAUAACAGGGUCAUUUGGUUGCUCUUUUUAGUGCCUUCCUAAAUGCAAAUACAUUUGAAUAGUGACAUGUAAGCAGCAUGGAUAUCACAGAGGGCAUUUUCCUUUUCUCAAAUGGCCCUCGCCAAUGGGGUUGAUUAUUGUUUUGACAAUAAAUAGGUUAGUUCUGAUGAAGAGAAGAACAUUGAAUGUGGUUUAGUCUUGUAAAUGGUGUCACAAAUGCAUUGCAGAUCCACUAUUUAGUCUGUACCUGUACCUCGGGGGCAUUUCUGGACAAAAAUGACGUGAGGAAAACGCUGUGCAACUACAAUCAGUUAAACCUCCUUCUUUUUUCAACAAAUAAUAAGCUACAUAUUAGCUUUCUCGUGUGACUGCCAAUGUACAUGAUCGCUAGAGAGAGUGGAAGCCAAAGGAUGUUUGCAAGCAAAUCAUCAUUUCAUCGAGAAAGACGUGGUAUUAGCACCUGAAAUGGCUUCUGGUUGUGAAUAUUGUAUACUUGUCGUAUUUCCCGACACCAAAUCCCAACUACCACUUUUGAAAAGCAAAGAAAGAAUGGGGAAAAAAAGCAGCUUGCACUUAUUUCAAUUAUUCACUAGUGAUUUUGACACACAACAACCUGACGUGGUAUCAUGAAGUUAGUGGAAAAGACAAACAGCCACAAAAGCUAAAUGUUGUGUUAAUGUUUUGCUUACCUUUUAAAGGUGAUACUUUGAGGUAAUAUUUGUCGACAGGGGCUGUGUAGCCCAUGCCUGGUACCGCCAGUACAGCAGCAUCUUUUAGGGAAUAUUAGGAGAAAAGUAACACAGAGUAUGCUAGCAAUGGUGCAUGAUGUCCAUUGCAGAGGGAGUAGAACGAUGGGCGAACAAGAUGGAGCGGAGAGGAAGACAGAGCACAAUGAGCUGUAGACGUUAUCAGGGCCUAGCCACUUCCCCGUAAUAGGGUCACCAAUUGCAUAACAUUAGAUACGUACAGUUAGCAAGAAAGUUACAGUGAGUCUGGGAAAUCUGGGGAACAGAGUACUGCAAUCAGGUAGAGGAUAGUGUAGGAGAGAAUUCGAGGACAAAGUUGAACUCAAGUGGUGGUCUUAAAUCCUAUCUGGGACCAGUAGAUACAGCAAAUGUGUGAAUACUUAGAAGUUUCAGGUUUAUUCUUUUUUUAGUUAAAAGACCAACGGCUGGUCGACCUGUUUCUUACCUGUUUGCAAGUUGUCACUUCCUCAGGUUUCUCGGCUCCUACUGGGUUUGAACUCAUUCAUUUUUCAUACUUUAAUAGUACAGUAAUCUCAUCUUUUUUCUGAAUAUAUAACACUUUCUGGAUGAAAUGAGGCAAUACAAUUGGUUAACAAUGUGGUGUUUACUGGCUUGUGAAAAAGACCCAUCAGUGGCAGGAGGAUAGUGGGAAUAAAAAAUUGUCAGCAUUGGGAAUUAUGUAAGACAAAUAAUUAAAAAUAAAAAGACAAAAAAACUCAAAUUAUUAAAGUGAAUAUCACUGUGUAAUAUUUAUUCAACUUGUAAUUUAUGUACUCUUUUAACCUUUGUCUUUUUGUUAUGACAAAGCAUUUAUUUAAAUAAAGUUAUGUAUUCAUUUAA